ACCUUGCUCUCAACAUUUUUACCGUAACUUGCGAUCCGCUGAUAGUGCGCCGACAUCAAACAUAAAAUCAUGGACGUCGUGUAGGUUGUAUUAUAUCAUCUAUUCCGUUAUUACCACAAUAAACCAUGGCUGAUAGUACAUUAGAGAAUCAAACUGGACAAUCACACGGUGGUGGCAGCAUGGUAGCGGAAGGUGGUCCCAUCAUCGACAACUCUAUAACAUCGCAGUGUUUGUCGUCGGAUAUAUCUGUUCUUUCCAACCCACGGAACAUGUCUAGUGAGGGGCAGUCGUUUGUCAAUUUCGACGACACUUCGUCACUCUUUUCUAUAACGUCGUCGCUGUCCGCGCCCGAGCUGCAACAACGACUUGUGCAAGUAAUUCAAGAAAACAAGCUCCUGAAAGACGCUGUGGAGCGUAACACGUCUCUGAUGAGGCAGGUUGCAGGAUGGAGAGAUCAGAUAUUCAAGAUGAGUGAAGAUAUUGAACAUAACAGACAGAUGCAUGAGCAAGCCAAGAACACUAUAAUCAGCCUAAACCUAGAGAAGGAACAGUGUGAAAAACGAAUGAAAGCUUUGGAGAAAAUCGUCCAAGAAUCGACCGAGGAAGAAGCCAGUGGCGACAGCACGCAUCUGAUUGACCACCGGCUAGCCGACCUGCGGGACACGGUGGCCGAGCUUUGUGCAGAAAACAGCCGGCUGCUGCAGGAGAAGACACAGGCCGAGGUGGAGAACGCCAAGCUGAACGAUUGCCUGUGGAGCCUCAAGGAUGAACAAGCGUGCGGGGGCGCGGGGGCCGCCAGCAUGCUGAACGAUUAUGCUGUGGUGCGGCAUUUGUCGAACGGAAAGGCCGAGUUGGAGGACCCCUCCUUGCCUCAAAAUUACAUAAAGGAUAAUGACAGUCAGAUGCUGAAAGCUCAGGUGAUGUCACUGGUCAGAGAACUUCAGAAUCUGGAGAAGAAGAGAUUGGAGCCCACAGAUGAGCUAAAGAUGGCACAUUCACAGAUUGAAGAGUUGCAGCGCCAGCUGGGUGGUGAGUGAGGAAGCAAAGAAGCAUUUGCAAAAGCAUGACGAUACACUCAUCGACUCGCUGCGAAUCAACGUCGCUAACUUGGAAGCAGCGUUAGAUGCAGAACGCAAGCAGAGUCAAACAGACCAGAGAAAGUUGGCUGAAACGAGAGCGCAAUAUGAGCGAUUGUGUAAAGACUUUCAAGAAUUGUCCGAAACAUUGGAGCACGUCAGUGGAAACC